AUGAGUCAUUCUUUCUUGCUUUCUUUCUUUUUUAUUUAUCAUUCUUUCUUUCUUUUCUUUCUCUCUUUCUUCCUUUCUUUGUCUUUCUUUUGCCUUUUCUGUCUUUGUAUAUGUCUUUACACACCCAUUCUCUUUCUUUUUUCUUUCUUUCUUUUGUCUGAUUCUCUCUUUCUUUUGAAUGAUCUUUUUCUUUCUUUUCCUACUUCUUUCUUUCUUUCUUUCUUUCUUUCUUUCUUUCUUUCUUUCUUUCUUUUCCUGUUUUUCUUUUCAUUAUGUUACCUUUCUUUCCUUUUCUUUCUUUUUUUCUUUCAUGCUUUCACUUUUCUUUUUUCUUUCCAAAUCUUUUUCCUUUUUAAUCUGCCUUCUUCCUUUCUUUUUUACUUUAUUUCAUUCUUUUGUGUUUCUUUCUUUCUUUCUCCACUUAUUUUAUUUCUCUUUAAUUAUUUUCAUCUCAAUGUUAUUCUAGUUUUUAAACUGGCGUUUCCUCCUUUAUUUUUUAAAGUUAUCUUUCUUUCCUUCAUUUUCUUUUUCUUUCUUGCUUGCUUUCUUUCUUGCUUUCUUUUUCUUUCUUUCUUUUUUCCUUCCUUUCUUUCUUUCUUUUUCUUUCCUUCCUUCCUUCCUUCCUUCCUUCCUUUUUCUUUCUUUCUUUCUUUCUUUCUUUCUUUCUUUCUUUCUUUCUUUCUUUGUUUCUUUCUUUGUUUCUUUCUUUCUUUCUUUCUCUUCUUCUCUUUCAUUUCUGAUUUUUGUUUUCUUUGCCUACUCUAUUUUUUCUCUUUGCUUCCUCCACUUCUUUUCUGUGCCUCCUCCACGUUUUUCUUUGGCUACUCCACCUUUUUUUCAUUGAAUUGUCCGGUUCUUUUCUUUGCAUCCUCCACGUUUUUUCUGUGCCUCCACUAUGUCUUUUUUGCCUCCUCCCCUUCUUUUCAUCAACUCCUCAACUUUUUUCUUUACCUCAUAAUUUUCUUUGCCUCUUCCAUUUUUUCUUUACCUUUUCCAAUUCUUUUCUUUGCCUUCUCCACUUUUUUCUUUGAACUCUUCCUCUUUUUCAUUGCCUCCUCCAGUUCUUUUCUUUGCCCCCCCCCCUACUUCUUCAGUUUGCCUCCUCUACUCUUUUCUUUGCCAAUUCCUUUUCUUUGCCUCUUCCUUUUUUUUCUUUGCCUUCUCCAUUUCUUCUUAUCUUUGUACUUGGCAUUCUUGACAAUCUGUCUCUCUUCUCCCUAA